AGACCAACGCUGUUGUCGGCUCUGUGGUGUAAUGGCAGCUCCCGCGCCUCACUCGUCUUGAAAGAAUUCAUCUUUCUUUCAUGUUGGUAGAUGAAUUGUACCACCUUUCUUCGGUAGAAUCUUUCAACGUUCGCGUUUCACGUUUUAGUCACGAACCACCACAAGGACAAAGUUGAGAAUCAGAAUACGAAAAACAACAACAGUAUAGAAAAAUUGCAAUACCCAUAGAGAAACAGAUAUGAAUCCCUGGUUUUUUUUCCGCGCGUUUUUCCAGCAGCACGAGAAGCAGAUUCAGCACGGCUUGAAGGAUUUCUUGCUCAACAGCCCAGCCUAUCAAAUGCAAAUAUGUCUGGGUCUGGAUCUUGUCAUGCUGUUUUUGGUUUCUAAAAAAGUUUGUAUUGCAUGACCAGCAAGAGGGGUCCAGUGCGUGCUACGCAGACAGGGCAUUUUUUUAUCAUGUGGAAGGCGCAUCAGGAAGCCCUCUAAAAGUCUCUGAUGCUAGGUCAUGCUUUACAGGCUUUACGGGUCAUGGAAAAUCAAAAUCUGCAUGACAAGUCUUACAUCCUUCCAGACCCACACAUGUUUGCAGUUGAUACAGCCUUCCGCACUUUCGCUGUGCGUACCUCCCAGUGGGCCACCGAGGCGCCGAAGGCCUUCUCCCAGUUCGCAGAAGGAUUUGCUACAGGGGCUUCUCAGCGACAAAAUACUACCUCGACUGCCAACAAACCAGCACUGCAAGAUAUUAAGGACAAAAAAGGUUAUUUUUCGAACAGCACGAAAAGAACGUCAACAUCUUUUUCUUCAACGAACGCAGCAACUCGUGGUACCUCAACUAGCUACUACCACGGACUGGCCGAAAAGCUGCAGGCCGCUGCUAAACCUUUUGUGCAGAAAUUUUCCAAGGACCUGUCCCGCGUAGCAACAAGACGCGUCAUCAGUGCGGUGCUAAGAAAACUUCCCUUCAAGUAA